GACAAGCGCGACGCGGAGCUCGACGACGACGUCGCGGAGCGCGACGAGCUCGUGCUGCGCAUGCGCGAGCGCGACGAGGCGCGCACGCGGCGCCUCGCCGGCGACGAGGGCCUGAGCGCGGACCAGGUCGCCGAGCUCGCGACGCGCGGCGACGUCGACCCGCUCGCGGACGAGGACGACGUGCGACUCAUGCGGAAAUACGCGCGCCAGGCGUACCUCGACAAGUGGGAGGCGAAGCAGCUCGACCUGCUGCAGGCCGAGGUGGACCAGGAGGAGCAGCUCUUCGGCGACGAGGCCGUCACGGCCGAGGAGAAGCACCAGCACGAGCUCUCGAAGAAGAUUCUCGCGAUGGCGCGCGACCGAGCGCGCUUCGAGGCCAAGGACGACGGCUACCACGUGCCCGACGCCUACGAGGACGCGCGCCGCGGCGACAUGACCUUGGCCGAGGCGCGCGAGAAGACGCUGAACGCGCGCUACGAGGAGGAGGCCGAGCCGCUCACGGAGCAGGAACUGUGGGACGCGGAGCAGCAAAGGCGCGCCGGCUCCUCGAAGAGCCGCAAGAAGUCGCGCUACGACAUGCUCCUCAAGGGCAUCGACAACAUCAAGCAGGGCAAGAAGGGCGACGUGCCCGGCGCGGAGGACGCGCUCGGCGAUUUGGUGCCCCGGGGCCGCGACGCGAAGAAGCUCGCGCACCGCAGCGCCCACGACGAGCUCCUGGAGAAGCGCCGGACGCUGCCCGUCUACGCCUACCGCACGGAGUUCCUCGAGGCCGUCAAGGACAACCAGGUCCUCGUCGUCAUCGGCGAGACGGGCUCGGGCAAGACGACGCAGCUGCCCCAGUUCCUCCACGAGGUCGGCUACUCCAAGGUCGGCCUCAUCGGCUGCACGCAGCCGCGGCGCGUCGCGGCCAUGUCCGUCGCCGCGCGCGUGUCCAAGGAGAUGGACGUCGUCCUCGGCCGCGAGGUCGGCUACUCGAUCCGCUUCGAGGACUGCACGUCCAAGGACACGCUGCUGAAAUACAUGACCGACGGCAUGCUCCUGCGCGAGUUCCUCGGCGAGCCGGACCUCGCGUCCUACUCGGUGAUGAUGAUCGACGAGGCCCACGAGCGCACGCUCCACACGGACGUGCUCUUCGGUUUGAUCAAGGACAUCGCGCGGUUCCGCGAGGACAUCAAGAUCAUCAUCUCGUCGGCGACGAUGAACGCCGAGGCGUUCUCGACGUACUUCGACGACGCGGCGAUCUUCAACAUCCCCGGCCGGACCUUCGACGUCGAGAUCCUGUACACGAAGGCGCCCGAGGCCGACUACUUGGACGCGGCCGUCGUGACCGUGCUCCAGACCCACAUCACGCAGCCCUUCCCGGGGGACAUCCUCGUGUUCUUCACGGGCCAGGAGGAGAUCGAGGCCGCCGUGGAGACGCUCACGGAGCGCACGAAGGGCCUCGGCGCGCGCAUCAAGGAGCUGCUCAUCUGCCCCAUCUACGCGUCGCUGCCCUCGGAGCAGCAGGCCAAGAUCUUCGAGCCGACGCCGCCCGACGCGCGCAAGGUCGUCAUCGGCACGAACAUCGCGGAGACGUCGCUGACCAUCGAAGGCAUCUGCUUCGUCAUCGACACGGGCUUCUGCAAGCAGAAGACGUACAACCCGCGGAGCGGCAUCGAGUCGCUCAUCGUGACGCCCAUCUCCCAGGCCCAGGCGGCCCAGCGCGCGGGCCGCGCGGGGCGCACGCAGCCGGGCACGUGCUUCCGGCUCUACACGUCCUGGGCCUACGCGCACGAGCUCGAGGAGAACACGGUGCCCGAGAUCCAGCGGACGAACAUGAACUCCGUCGUGCUCAUGCUCAAGUCGCUGGGCAUCCACGACCUCCUCCACUUCGACUUCAUGGACCCGCCGCCGGCGGAGAUGCUCAUCCGCGCGCUCGAGCAGCUCUACGCGCUCGGCGCGCUCAACGACCGCGGCGAGCUCACGAAGCUCGGCCGGCGCUUCCCCUGCGACCCCCAGAUGGCCAAGUCCAUCAUCAUCGCCGACAAGUACGGCUGCGUCGCCGAGGCCAUCUCCGUCGGGGCCAUGCUCUCCGCGGGCAACGCCGUCUAUUAUCGGCCCAAGGACCGCGCGGUCCACGCGGACAACGCGCGCAUGAACUUCGCGCGCGGCGGCGGCGGCGACCACGUGGCCCUGCUCCGCGUCUACAAGGAGUGGACGGACAGCGACUGCUCGACGCAGUGGUGCUACGAGAACUACAUCCAGGCGCGGUCCAUGGUCAAGGCGCGCGACGUCCGGGACCAGUUCGCGGGGCUCUGCGAGCGCGUCGAGCUCGAGCUCUCCGAGUCGUCCGACGUCGAGCACGUCCAGAAGGCCGUCACGGGCGGCUACUUCUACAACGCGGCGAAGCUCGCGACGUCCGGCGACUACAAGACCGUCAAGCAGAUGAAGACCGUCUUCGUGCACCCGAGCUCCGUCAUGGCGAACGAGGAGGUGCUGCCCAAGUGGGUCGUCUACCACGAGCUCGCCUUCACGUCCAAGGAGUACAUGCGCAACGUCAUCCCCAUCGAGCCCGACUGGCUCGUCGAGAUCGCGCCCCACUACUACCAGCAGAAGGAGCUCCUCGACGCGCGGAAGCAGAAGAUGCCCAAGGGCGCGGGCCUGAGCCAGGCGGCCCUC